AUACUACCCUUCCGGAGUGAACUCCCGAAGGCCAUAGAAAAGGAAAGCUCUCCUUUUCUCUUCUUCUUCUUCUCUCUCUCCCCCUUCGGUUGGACUUCGAUAUCAAGAGAGGGAGCGCGAGAGAGGGGAGGCGAUGUCUCUGCGGCCGACGACGCGGAUGGAGGGCAGGAAGAAAGCGUACAAGGCGGGAGUUGACGCCGACGAGGCGCGGCGGCGGAGGGAGGACAACCUGGUGGAGAUCAGGAAGAACAAGCGCGAGGACAACCUCCUCAAGAAGAGGCGGGAGGGUCUCCUCCAGGCUGGGCAGCAGGCCACGGAGACGCCUUCCCAGGCCCCUUCCGGGAUCGAAAAGAAGCUGGAUAAUCUACCUGCAAUGGUACAAGGAGUAUGGUCUGAGAAUGCUGCUAUGCAGUUGGAAGCGGCGACUCAGUUCAGGAAGCUUCUAUCAAUUGAGAGGAAUCCUCCAAUCGAAGAGGUCCUUAAGGCAGGUGUUGUCCCCCGGUUUGUGGAAUUUCUUUCAAGGCAUGACAUACCUCAGCUGCAGGUAUGUUUUAACUGUUUUUUUACGUAUUUCAUUUGGGGAGGGACCCUUUUUAAUGUUGACAAUAAACUUAGCAUUUUGGUUUUUUCCACCCAGUUCGAGGCUGCAUGGGCACUGACCAAUGUCUCUUCGGGCACCUCUGAACAUACACAAGUUGUUAUUGAGCAGGGCGCUGUUCCAAAGUUUGUGGAACUUUUGAGUUCACCAAAUGAUGAUGUUAGAGAGCAGGCUGUUUGGGCUUUGGGUAACAUAGCUGGUGACUCGCCAAGUUGUAGGGAUCUUGUUCUGAGUCAUGGCGCCCUCCCGUUGGUAAUGGCCCAGAUAAAUGAGCAUUCAAAAAUAUCAAUGCUGAGAAAUGCUACAUGGACGUUGUCUAAUUUUUGUCGUGGGAAACCGCCUGCAUCUUUUGAACAGACAAAGCCCGCACUGCAGAUACUUCAGCACCUUAUUUAUUCCACUGACGCAGAAGUUCUAACAGAUACCUGUUGGGCCCUAUCUUAUCUUUCUGAUGGAACUAAUGACAAAAUUCAGGCGGUGAUAGAAGCAGGUGUUUGUCCACGUCUUGUUCAGCUUCUCCUUCAUCAGCCCCAUACAGUUCUCAUUCCUGCCCUCAGAACAGUGGGGAACAUUGUCACUGGUGAUGAUGCUCAGACCCAGUUUGUAAUAGACAAUGGCGUGCUACCUAAUCUGCUCCAGCUUCUCACACAACAGUACAGAAAGAGCAUAAAGAAAGAAGCUUGCUGGACAAUUUCAAAUAUUACUGCUGGGAAUAGAGCUCAGAUCCAGGCUGUGAUUGAUGCAAACAUCAUUGGUCCUCUGGUACAGCUACUACAACAUGCAGAGUUCGAUAUCAAAAAAGAGGCUGCAUGGGCUAUAUCAAAUGCUACCUCAGGGGGUUCCGAUGAGCAGAUCCAUUAUUUGGUGAGCCAAGGGUGCAUAAAGCCACUUUGUGAUCUUCUUGUCUCUCCAGACCCUCGAAUUGUGAUUGUAUGCCUUGAGGGCCUUGAGAACAUACUAAAGGUGGGCGAGACAGAGAAGGAGCUGGGUAAAACCGAUGGCAUAAAUCUUUAUGCACAGCUUAUUUACGACUGCGAGGGUUUGGAUAAAAUCGAAAAUCUGCAGGGCCAUGGUAACAAUGAGAUCUAUGAGAAGACCAUAAAGAUGUUGGAGAGGUAUUGGCUCGAGGAAGAAGAUGAAGCACAGAGUGCGCGAGGCUCUCUUGAGGGAACAGAGCAUGCAUUUGAAUUUGGAGUUAGCAAGUCCUCUCUCCCUCCUGCUGUCUUCAAAUUUGGCUGAAGAGUGGCAAUUUUACCAUUCUUUUUUUGGUUUGUUUUUUUUGUGCCUCAGAUCAAUAGUUUCUUUUUCAAUGUAAUCAUCCCCAGGGGGUUCUGUUUUCUCUGGCUGAGCCCUUCGUAAUUGAAGUUAUGCAAAUCGGGUUGAUGCCAAACCUAGUAUAUACAUCAUGGCUUGUGUUUUUGUUUCAUUUUCUUUGAGGACAAAUCACAACUUAACAUAGGAUAUCUCUUAUCAUAA